CCGGGUCUUAAAGGACCCUCCGCCCAAAUCCUUUUAGCCUUUUUGCCUACUCGAGGUCCUCUAUCGAAUGAUGUAUGAACGAACGAAAUCGGAGCCGGACACCUGGGGCGGUUCCCUCGUAAUUCCUGAUCUUUUUUUAACAUUUGUCAUUUCGGAUGAAGUAGAUGAUUUUCGAGCUAAUGUACGCAAGAUCAGAGCUCUAUGUGUAUAUACUGAUAAAAAAUCUGAUCUAGCUAUAUUGGUAACACAAAAACGUUUUACACAUGGUAUGCAAUCAGUAAAUUUUCAACCUAUUUUACCACCUCUUCGGACAAAAGUUUUUAUUUAUGGUUUUGGCAGCCUCCAUGCAAAUAAUCUUCCAACACCAGCCAUAGCAGAAACAAUAAUUUCGCGCGAAACAUCAUGUCCUCCACCCGAUCGUAUUCGGACAGCACGUAUAGCCGAACGUUUUUUUGUUAUGCAACGUGCCAGCGAUUAUGGUUACUCCGGUGGUCCUGUAAUUGACUAG